AUUGUCUUUGUCACACCACAGUAAAAAAAUUGAAGUUGGUACUCUAACCAUCGCUUUUAUAGUUGCGUUUUCAGCUUUAUCAUGGCUAAAAUGCUGUUAUAAUUUAUAAGUAUAGAAUACGUACGUGCCUCAACUAUUAUUAAAAAUACGUGAAGUGCAAAGACAAUUUGAUAUUUUAAACAAAUUAUAUGAAUAGGUACCUGCUUUUUGACAAAUUGCGCUAGACCGCAUAAAUAAAAUGGCAGCCCUACCACGUAGAAUAAUCAAAGAGACACAGCGAUUGAUGCAGGAACCCGUGCCGGGAAUCAGCGCGGUGCCCAGCGAGAACAACGCGCGCUACUUCCACGUUAUCGUCACCGGCCCGGAGGACUCGCCGUUCGAAGGAGGACUAUUCAAAUUAGAACUAUUUCUGCCAGAGGACUAUCCUAUGUCAGCGCCGAAGGUUAGGUUUAUCACUAAAAUUUACCAUCCGAACAUAGACCGGCUAGGCCGCAUAUGCCUCGACAUCCUGAAAGACAAAUGGAGCCCCGCGCUGCAGAUCCGCACCGUGCUGCUGAGCAUUCAGGCGCUGCUGUCGGCGCCGAACCCCGACGACCCGCUGGCCAACGACGUCGCGGAGCUGUGGAAAGUGAACGAGAGCGAAGCCAUCCGAAACGCGAAGGAGUGGACCCGGAGAUACGCCAUGGACAACUGAGCGCGGCGGCGCGCCCGAGCCCCCCACGCGCUGCACCAAGUGGACGAAACUAACAUAUAUAUCAUGAUUUUAAGAGUGCAAGUUAUGUUUCACUACCUAGAUCGAGUAACUUGUGAAGAGACAAUUGUGGACAAAUUUUUAUUAUCGGCGGAGGCCGGCCUCCAGGCGCCGCCCCGCGCCCCGUAGCCUCGCCCCCGUGUCUCCGAGUAGUCCGGCAAGCCCACAGGUUAUCCUUUACCCUAUCACAUGUAGCUUGGUUAUGAUAUUAGGUACGCAUAUUUUUUUACUAUAAUUAUUAAAAUAGCUAAAUAUAAAAUUCCUGAAACCCUAUUGUAUAUAUUUUAAUAGUUGAACAAAUUUGGUUAAUUUUAUACAAAGGAUAGUGUGUGGUCACAGAGUUCGAUGCCUUUGUAUAUCUAAUCUGCGUGCAAGUGCAACUAUGAAAUAUCAGUUUUUGAUCUCUGCCGAUACUGAUUUUUGUUUUGUCAUAGUUGAAUUGAAUAUCAAGUAAUUUAUUUUCCAGUGACUAUCUGCAUAAAAUAAUUUAAAAAUGAAUCUUAUGUACUAUUUACAUCUUGUAUAAAAGGUUAUCAUUAAAUUGUAUUUAUGUACAUUUGAUUUGGCUUUGUGAGAAACUUGAAAAUACAUAAUAAACAAACGCUAA